AUGCGUUUCCAGAGCUACGUCUCCGCGGCGGCGCUGUUUGCGCUACCGGCUCUCGGUAAGAGCCCCGAUUCUAGUAGUAGUGGCUCUACUACAGAUCCCUUCAAGAUCUAUAACAUCACCGCAACCAACAUUACUGCUUCCUUUAUCGGGUACGGUGCGCGUCUCGUGGCAUUGUAUGUCCCCGACAGCAAUGGCACAAUCCAAGACGUUGUCGUCGGUUAUGACGACCCGAAGACUUAUUUGCACGACUCCAAAACUAACCACACCUACUUCGGCCCUAUGGUUGGCCGCUAUGCCAAUCGUAUCAAGAAUGGCACAUUUACUAUUGACGGGGUGACAUACAAAAUCCCCACGAACGAGAACGGUGGCGCCGACACCCUUCACGGUGGUAACGUGGGUUACGACCAGCGCAAUUGGACUGUGGCCGCAUCGUCCAACGAUAGCAUCACAUUCUCUCUGCUCGAUCCUGGAUAUGAGGGUUUCCCCGGCACUGUGCUCAACCACGUCACUUUUACAGUUGACGCUCUCAAGACUCCCGUCAACCCCAAGGGUCACCCUCAAUUAACCUCCCGCAUUGUCUCUUUGUCAUUAACCGAAAAGACCCCCAUCAUGCUCGCAAACCACAUCUACUGGAACUUGGAUGCCUUCCAAGUGCCCACCAUCCUCAACAACACCUUGCAGAUGCCUCUGGCCAGUCGCGUUGUUGCCGGCGACACCAUCCUAGUCCCCAACGGCACCAUUUUCGACGUUGAAACCGCCUUUAACGGCGCACUGGACUACACAGCCGGCAAACAGCUCGGCGCCGACUUUAACAAAGCCCUAGGCGUCUGCGGCUUCAAUUGCACGGGUGUCGACACCUGCUUCAUCAAUGACCGCGUCCCAUACUACUCGGAAGGCGACAUUGUGCCCAUCAUCCACCUCUCCUCCCCAUCAACGGGCAUCACUCUCGAUGUCGCAUCUAAUCAGCCCGCGCACCAAAUCUACACCUGCAACGGCCAGAAUGGUACCAUUCCAAUCAAGGAGUCGCAAAAGGCUCGCAACGAGGCUGCGGGUAAAGGUGGCGUAGAUUACGUGAACAAGUAUGGCUGUAUCGUGAUCGAGACGGAGGGUUGGAUUGAUGCGAUCAACCACCCGGAGUGGGCUCAGCACGAGAUUUACUCGCCGGCCGAUGGGCCGGUGGUAAAUAUGGCUACCUACCAGUUCGGUACUCUCUAA